CACGGGCGCAAGGUUGUGCAACCAUGAGCCUAGCGAAAGCCGCGGGCGCCACGGAAAACAAGGCGAGCCCAUAAACAAAGCCACGUGGCCUCGGGGCCUCGGGGGGCCGGGCUAAGAGCAGGCGGCUCUUCCGGCAACAAAGAGCCGGGGCAGAGGCCCGGGAUAAAUACUGCGCCCCGGCAGCCGCGCAGCAUUCCCGGAGUCGGACGCCACCCGAGACCCUCCCCGGCGCCUGCGCCCUCUGCGAGUGCGGGGACCCCCGCGCCUACUCCAGACCGGUACCCUCCGCCCCAGUUCCCCACGCUCGUUCCCGUCGCCGCCUGCGUUCCCCCCAGCAUCUCUCCAGCGCCGCGCAUCCCCAGGACCAGCAAGGCCGGUCCCCGGCUGUCAAUCCGUCCUGCACGUCCAUCGCGUCCGAGCUCGGUGCCAUGCCGUUCCUUGGGCAGGACUGGCGGUCCCCGGGCCAGAGCUGGGUGAAGACGGCGGACGGCUGGAAGCGCUUCCUGGAUGAGAAAAGCGGCAGCUUCGUGAGCGACCUCAGCAGCUACUGCAGCAAGGACGUAUACAAUAAAGAGAACCUUUUCAACAGCCUGAACUACGACGUUGCCGCCAAGAAGAGAAAGAAAGACAUACUGAACAGCAAAACCAAGACUCAGUAUUUCCAUCAAGAGAAAUGGAUCUAUGUUCACAAAGGAAGUACUAAAGAGCGCCAUGGCUACUGUACUUUGGGGGAAGCCUUCAACAGGCUGGACUUCUCGACCGCCAUCCUGGAUUCCAGAAGAUUCAACUACGUUGUCAGGCUGCUGGAACUGAUAGCAAAGUCACAGCUCACAUCGCUGAGUGGCAUCGCCCAGAAGAACUUCAUGAACAUUCUGGAAAAAGUAGUUCUGAAAGUCCUUGAAGACCAGCAAAACAUAAGACUCAUAAGGGAACUUCUGCAGACUCUCUACACAUCCUUAUGCACGCUGGUCCAGAGAGUUGGCAAGUCUGUCCUGGUGGGCAACAUUAACAUGUGGGUGUACCGGAUGGAGACCAUUCUACACUGGCAGCAGCAGCUGAGCAGCAUCCAGAUCACCAGGCCUGCCUUCAAGGGCCUCACGUUCACUGACCUGCCUGUGUGCUUGCAACUGAACAUCAUGCAGAGACUGAGCGAUGGGCGGGACCUGGUCAGCCUGGGCCAGGCAGCCCCAGACCUGCACGUGCUCAGUGAGGACCGGCUGCUGUGGAAGCGACUCUGCCAGUACCACUUCUCCGAGCGGCAGAUCCGCAAGCGAUUAAUCUUGUCUGACAAAGGGCAGCUGGAUUGGAAGAAGAUGUAUUUUAAGCUGAUACGAUGUUACCCAAGGAGAGAGCAGUAUGGGGACACCCUACAGCUUUGCAGACACUGCCACAUUCUCUCCUGGAAGGGCACCGACCAUCCGUGCACGGCCAACAACCCCGAGAGCUGCUCCACGUCGCUUUCGCCCCAGGACUUCAUCAACUUGUUCAAGUUCUGAAUCCCAGCACACGACGGCACUUCACGAGGCCCCUGCUGAUCAGACGGCCAGACGUUCGGAGUCUUCCUUUGUAAAUAGUACAUUUCAAGCAUUGGCUUGAAACUUCUGAGCUAAGUCACCAAGAAGACGGUGGAAGGAAGAGACGCAGUUGCCAAUGGGAAUUUACAAAUGUGGACGUCACAUUAGGACUGGUACGGAAAAACAGAUACUGUAAAUAGACUUUUUUUUUCCUAACCAUUUGCCAGCAAGACUGUAAGGGCAAGAACUCUAUGUCUGCCAUGAAAACGGAGUCCUCUUGAUGUUCAUGGAAACUUCCUAGUUCCCCGGGACAAAAAAGGAAAGCUCAAAUAUAAGACAGAACACUCUGUUUACAAUGUGAUAAUGUUAAAACAAAAUAAGGAAGGAGAAUGGAUACUACAGUUGACAAGUCCUUGGGCUUUGGGUUGGGCUUUGGGGUUUGUUUUGAACAGGCAAAGACGUCCGCCCAUCUGAAACCUGCACGGGCGUAAGGUCUUAUCCUACGAAGAUGCCACACAAUGGUCUACCUCUAAACGCAUAGAGUGCUCUCUGGCAGCAUACAUUACCUAGCAGGCAAUGUCUGUGUCUCGUGUAAGUGCUUUCAUCUGUAAAGAGAUCCAAGAUGGGAACGCUAUUAGAAAAAGAAAAACCCUCCUCUCGGUCUGACGUCCUUUUCCCUCUGCCCCCCUGAUUUCUACCCCCUUCUUUCUUCCAUGUUGUAGCUCGCGUAGGGAACCAGAUGGCCAGCGUAAGAACAGCUCCGUAGAAGUCAUGAAGAGCUAGAAUUAGGCACCUGUAGAUGCGGAGGCUCGGCAAUUCUGGCUUAAGUCUACGCUCUUCUCGCUUAACUUCUGGGCAUGUCUGGGCUUCCGUGGGUGUCCUCAUGGAUUAGUCAAUGUCUGUGAACUUAGUGGAGCCCGAGUACUGCUGGAGAGACACAUUUUCACACCAGCCAAUUAAACCUUCUGGUAGCUGCUGCUUCCCCUGGCAGGGUAAUGAGCUGAGGCCCUUUCUGUUGCUAAGUCCAACAUCAAACCUGAGUCACCCUGAGUUGGGACUCACCACACGCAUGAUUUAAAAGGAAGCCUGGAGCUCCAGCCAGCUACAGAGAUGAGUCCACCUUCUUUCAGGACUGAGUUAAAGCAGAGAGUUUAGAGACAAGGGAUCCCAGGGGGUCUUGCAAAGCAGAGCUAUGAACACUGUGGAAGAGAGCAAAUCUCAGGACUUGAGGAGUUGAUUCCUGGGGUGGGGGCAAUGUUAUUUUUUACUUUUUAUAGAUUGUUGCUUUUCUACCAUGUGUAUAUAUUUGCAGUUGUAUUUGCCUUUUUUUUUUAAAUCUCCAAAUAAAACUGCCACUACGCAUGUCCUUGGCAAGUAAGCAGAAACAGGAAGUCGUUCUACAAUAGAUGUUAAGUAAGGUAUUGUGCCACCUGAGACAUGGAUGCUCAAGUGGUCCUCAGAGGAGGGGAGGAGUGGCCGAGCAUGCACAGGAACAAGGGACAGUCAACACCUCUUCCUUCAGUAAUAGAGCGUGCCUGGGUCAGUACGGUGCAGGCUGACGGAGUCUGCCAGACUCCCUGCUUUGCGGUGUCUGUGCUUACACCGGAAGUUCUCCCUAUUUCCUUCCUCCCUGAGGGGGAAGUUACGUUGAAUUUAAAGGCUCGUAAUGGGGAAGGGGAGAUGUAAAGGAACAAGAUCUGGUGUAUAAAUUUAAACUUUAGAGACUACAAACUAGUAACAGCAAAGGGUUUUCUAUUUGACUUUGUUUCUUUCUACUCUUUGCCCAAGAAUUAGUUUUACAUUGAGAACAUAGGGAAGGGGCUGGAGAGAUGGCUCAGUGGUUAAGAGCACUGGCUGCUCUUCCAGAGGUCCUGAGUUCAAUUCCCAGCAACCACAUGGUGGUUCACAACCAUCUGUAGUGAGAUCUGGCGCCCUCUUCUGGCCUGCAGAACACUGUACAUAAGAACACAGGGCUAGACUAUGAAAGAACAGAAGGGAGGGAGGAAGGGUUUGAGGACAUUUUUCCAUAACUGUCAGACUCUCCAGUAUCUCACCUUCUGUCUGGCUGUAGGAUGGAGCUGGACCUGCCAUUGCUAUGGAAAUGGUUCUGAGUGACACUGUUAGGGUUAGGGGCUCACGGCCUUUCUCGUGCUCUCAUGAGUGUGUUUCCCCUGCUCGGCUGCGUUGUUUGGAGAUGGGAAGUUGCUGGGACCUGAGGGUUUACAGCUCCAGCCACAUGGCCUGCUUGGACGGCCAGCAGAAGGCUGGUGACACGCCGAUCUCACGGACAGUGCCAGCAGUGCACAAAGGCACAACCUGCCUCUGUGCAAAACGACCCUCGCCCCAAGCAGCGAGGUCACGGCUUCUCAGAAUGGUGACUGGGUGCCUGCAGAUCCUCCGAACCUUGGUGUCGUUGGAUAUUGCAUGUGAUACAACUGAAGAAUUGAUUUAGGAUGAAAGAGGAAAAAAGAACCUGUGUGGGUCGUUUUCAUUGGCUAGUAGGAAACAGGAAGGAUGUGGCAGGUGGAGAGGGAGUGGGGGAGGAGUAGAAAUGGUGUGUCUUUGAUGUUGGCGGGGAGGAGCAAUGGGGGGAGUAGAGCAGGCAAGAUACCCAUAUUAGGUCAUGGCCAGAGCCUCACACGCGAGUAACAGGACUUAAAAACGUUUGUUCCUAGGACAUUUAUAGUCUAUAGAAUUCCUCUGGGCAAACCCAUCCAGGACUCCCAGAUCUAAAACACAAACUAAGAACCCCAGGCCCAGAACUGCUGCUACAAAGGCGAGAGGGGUGUGGCUAUAGAAAUUGCUAGAAGAAUUUUUCCAGCACAAAGAAGAAAGUGUGUUUUCUCUAUACUGUGCCCUCCCUGCCCCUCCUUUUCAUGUCAUAAAGCACAACUAGAGUUGCGCCCACUCUGAAGUCAUUUUGGGUAUCAAGAGAAGGGAAAUGUUCUGUCCAAACCCUAUGAGCAAACCCAGGGAAAUGGUGACUCGAAGCGUAAGAGCAAUCGGCUGGGAGUCUCUGAAGAGGGAGAACCAUUCCAUAUAAAGUUUAGGAAUGCUCCUUUUAUAGCAAUGGCCGGUAGAAAAAUAAAUAAACAGACAAACCCAGGGACACUGUCAACUAGACCAUGUCGUUACUCACCACUGUUGAGUGAGCUGCUGUAAUCAGUCCAAUGGGAGGCAGGAGUGACGCAGAGGACCAGAAGUUACUAGGGGAUCUCCAGUCCAUCAGCUGGGACAGGCCUUCUGGCUAGUGACCAUUAAUGUCGGGUGCAAGUGGUUUGGACAAGGUACUUCCACUGCAAAAGCUCUCAGUGCAAGAGCCGAGCUACUUGUGACCUUGAAGCCAGUUAGCAGGUGGCACACCCCUGUGGCCUCCCAAACCCUUCCCUGUGAGAUGCUCGCUAUUGACACAGAUUGUUUUCGUUGCUCUACACAGAAGAGAAAAGGCUGGGGAUUUGAUUUGUCUAAGCAACUGCCAUGGUUCACAGAGGUAAAUCAUCACAGGAGAUGUUUAGCAGUGUAUGGCUCUCGGCAUUGAAAACAAUGUUGAUUCUAGAACUUGCACCUGGGUUUAUAUUUUUCUGCCUGGCUGCAGGGCAAUAACAUCUUGCUAUGCAAACACUCUAAAUUUUAUGUGUGAAUUUGACUGUGAUUUUAUGUGUGCAUUUUUUUAACUAAACUCUAUCAUUUUCUAUGUUGACAUCUGUUGUUGUUUUUUUUUAAUCUGUUUCCAACUCUCCGAGUCUGUGAACCAUCUCCUCUGACUGGAUGCUGGCUUGAACCCCGUUAGUGCUUCCAGAGACUCAGAAACACUCUCAGCCUCUGGGCACGCGCAGGGAUCUUACUCUCUGGUAUAUCAUGGGCCGUCUAUGGCUUCAACCAACAAGGUAGCAAUUCCUCUAAAUUCUAUGUUUUCUGUAAGUGUUUCCUUCUCUGCUUUGCUGAUGCAGAAAACAGCAGCAAAGCCACCUUUGGUUUUCUAAAUGAAGGAAAUCCCCAUCCUAGAUGUUAGACCAAGAAGGGUGAGCGAGGGUGUGUUCUGACAUUUCUACCUUUCAAGAUGAGGAACCCUGUCCAGAACUGGAGGGUGGGGAGCCUUCCUCUGCACGCCCUGGGAAGUCAGCAGUAGAGAGAUAGACGGAAACCUGGAGCUUCCUGAAGCUAGAGCUAUGAGUCCGUCUCCCCCCCAAGCACGUUGUGGGCAUCUGUAGAUUCACGCCACUCAGUGUGAUUCUUCCAAAGAGUCUCACGGCGGGAGGCAGGAGAGACUGGUCCAUGAUGGGCCUCUGCCACAGUCUUCCAAACCUUCUUAACUCUGACUCUUACCAGAGAAGUUAAGGGGUCCCCUUUUCUUUUCACACCCUCUCAUUCUGCUGUGGCUAUAGCAUCAUUACUAGGAAGUAACCCACACGCCAGGUAUGUGGUACGCACACCUGUAACCUUUGCAGAGGCAGGAGAACUGCUUUUCUAGCCGGGGCCUUGUUUCAAAAACAGUAGGUUUCAAGCUGGGCGGUGGUGGCGCACACCUUUAAUCCCAGCACUCGGGAGGCAGAGGCAGGCGGAUCUUUGUGAGUUCAAGGCCGGGCUGGACCUACAGCCUCCAAAACAAUACAGAGAAACCCUGUCUUGUAAAACCAAAAAAAAAAAACAGUAGGUUUUGACAAAUUCAUCUUUCCCUUGGGUGGUUGUAUAAUGCCCUUCUAAGAAUAGAUACAGGGUCCUGAUUCCAGCACCCAUGUGAAAGGCUUCAGUGCAUGGGGAGUUCAUUUAGUUUUAAGAAUCUAAUGGUACCCAGGCUCAGUGAGAGACCCUGCCUCAAAAACAGAGAUCCAGAAAGAUGCCCAAUAUCUACCCUGACCUCCAAAUACAUAUGCCUGUGCACACAUAUUUCCAGGCAUUCUAGUGUACACACAUACACACACACACACAGACACACACACACACACACACACACACACACACACACACACACACACUAAGGAUCAGAUAAGUAUAGUCUUGACCCAGCUCCUACUGGUACCCAAGCACGUCUUUGUUCUCCCCUGAAAGGGAAAGGCACAUUUAAGCAUCCAUCUUCCUUCCUGCUCCUCUCUUACCGGUGAGCCCCACUGCAGGACCCAGUGCAGUUCUAUCUAGUGAGAGUUCACACUGUCCCACUUUGUUUGCAAUCAGCAGAAUUUAUCCCAUACGGCAAGGGAUGGUGGUAGCCAUAAUUUUGUCUGGUGCACCUUUUUCAAAGUGUCCUUGACUUCAGCAAGCAAAGCUUCCUGGGAAAGCUCUCUAAACUUAGUCCUUCUCCAUUUGGCUGGAAAUGGAUGGCUACAUCCAAACCGUCAAGUUUCUGGAUGCUCCAUAUGCUUCAACAUUACUGAACAUGACUCUGAAUAGAGACACAUUUGCUAACUAUGCACAAGGCUGUUUAUCAGAUGGCUCCAAGCCCUGCUCCGUCCUUGGGAGCUUUUGGUGUCGUCUUUAUGUUACCAAAUGCCAGUCACCCUGGCUAAAGAGAGUGUAUAUUAUAGUCCGUGUCUAAGCUUAGAAGCUUUAAGUGUACUUUUUCAAGAAAAAAUAUUAGAGUGGGUGGAAUGUGUUAACUAAAUGUAUAAGGUUAGACAGAUUACAUGCAAAGAUGAGUGUUUAAUAUUGAAUGAUCUGAGUCCUGUAUAACUUAUUUGCACACCUUUCUUGCAUGAUGAACUGACUUUUUAUAGUUGUUUGUACCAGACAGUGGCAUAUUUUUUGUAAACAUUUUUGACACUGAAUUGCAAUAAAUGAUUUUUCCAACAAUA